AUGGCGGUCGGAAAGAAUAACAACAAGAUGGGCAAAAAAGGUGGCAAGAAGAAGGCCGUCGAUCCAUUUGCCCGAAAAGAAUGGUACGAUAUCAAGGCGCCGUCGAUGUUCUAUAACCGACAAGUCGGAAAGACCCUCAUCAACAAGACUCAAGGAACGAAGAUUGCUUCUGAAGGUCUGAAGGGACGUGUGUUCGAGGUGUCACUUGCUGAUCUGAACGACUCCGAGGCCGACUUCAGAAAGUUUAAACUUGUCUGCGAAGAUGUGCAGGGAAAGAAUGUUCUCACUAACUUCCACGCCAUGUCCAUGACUCGUGAUAAGUUGUGCUCAAUUGUGAAGAAGUGGCAUACCCUUAUUGAAGCUAACGGUGUCUUCAAAACAACAGAUGGUUACGUUUUGCACUUGUUCUGCAUUGGUUUCACCAAGCGAUCACCAAACCAAGUCAAGAAGACCACAUACACCAAGGCCUCAAAAGUACGCAAGAUUCGCGCAAGAAUGUUGGAACUAAUGAAGAAGGAAGUUUCUGGUUGCGACUUGAAGGAGGUUUGUUCCAAGUUGAUCCCUGAUUCGAUCGGCAAGGACAUCGAGAAGGCGUGCCAUGGAUUGUACCCUCUGCAAGAUGUGUAUAUCCGCAAAGUGAAGAUUUUGAAGAAGCCCCGACUUGAUCUUGGACGCCUUAUGGAAAUGCAUGGUGAUUCCAUUACUGUUGGUACCGAUGGUGAGAAAGUUGAUCGCCCUGAUGAUUACGAGCCUCCCAUCCAAGAAACCGUUUAA